AUUCGAUGUACGUGUACUUUUCAAUAAUUAAAGCCCUAAAAUUGUAUCAAAGUUAAAUUAUGACCCAAAAAAAGGAUGGUUUACUCGCAAGGGUUAAUUUUCCAUUGUACACGGUACAAAUGCUCACAAGUCGACACGUUUUGGUUGGCGGAGGGGGCGGCUCCUCCAAAACGGGGGUUGCAAACGGCUUUGAAGUAUUCGAAUUAUCACAUAACGGCGAAAAAUUCGUUGCAGAAGAAGUGAUUCGUCACGAAACGGGGCGUUGCGUUGUUAUGAAUUGCGCUACAUACAGUGAUAGUCGUCAUUCGUAUUUAGUAGCGGGACAAGAAAGUCAUUGUCAGUUAUAUCGGGUUAAAAGUGAAUUAAAGAGCGGUGAAGAAGUAAUUGAAACUAUUGGUGAUGAUACAACAUUAAGAAAUCGAAAAGAAAAGACAAUAAAAAAGGAGGAAGUUCCUAAUGGGUUAAAUAAAAAGUUAACAUUCGCUUUUAAGGCAGCUGAUAGCAUACAAACUGAUUAUAAUAAAGAAGAACCGGUUCAACGGGUUGUUAGAAUUUCGAAAAAUGGAAAAAUUAUGGCCACUGGUGGUACAGAUGGAAUCGUUCGUUUAUGGAAAUUUCCAAGUUUGGAAAAAUAUGGGGAAUUAAAAGUUCAUACGAAAGAAAUUGAUGAUAUAGAUUUUAGUUUACAUGAUAAUUAUGUUGUUACAAUUGCUAAAGAUGGUCUGGGUAUUGUUUGGGAUUAUAUUAAAAAGAAACAAGUUACUGAACUUAAAUGGUCUCAGCCAAAUGGAUCAAAAUAUUUAUAUAAGAGGUCAAGAUUUGGCCCAAUUGAAGAAGAUAAAGGAAAAAGUGCUUUAUAUACAUUAGCAAACCCCACCGGUCAACCAAAAAAACAAAAAUCUUAUUUACAACGUUGGUUCCCCCAUGAAAACUCAUUAAAUAAAUUUGUUCCGAUCGACGAGAGUCUAGCAGCAUUAGCAGUGCGAGAUGAUGGUCGAUUUGUAGCUGUUGGAACAAUGUUUAGUGGAUCAGUCCUGUUAUACAUAGCAUUUAGCUUACAAAAAGUUCUUCAUAUCCCCGCCGCACAUUCCAUGUUUGUUACCGGUUUGGAAUUCCUCCCGGUUGUUUCGGAUCAACACACAAUAACCAGCGUGUCUGACGCAGCCGUUGUCUCGAUUUCGGUGGAUAAUCAGUUGUGUAUACACAGUUUGCCUUAUCGGUCUUCGAUACCCACUUGGAUAGCUAUAUCUGUGAUAGUAGUGACAUUAUUCUUUACAUUUUUGUUGUGUUCGUAUUUGGGUAUAUGAGUUUAUAUUCGAUUUGUUAAAUUUAUUAAUAAAUGUACGUAAAAGCACGUUCAAAUCGUUUAAAAAUAACUUCUUUCUUUAUUUUGCCAUUUGUUAAUUUAGGUGUACAGUACUUAUGGAAUUAAAAUAAAUUUCGAAUA